UGUUUUGGUCGGUGGCUGACUGGCUGAGCUUUCGUUUCGGUUGAAAAUAAAAAUACUGGUGUUGUCACUACUAAUAAUAAAAUCACCGACGAAGAAAAGAGGGCAUUUAAAACCGUUAUACAAAAUCUAAUAAUUAAACCGAAGGUUAUUACCUACAUUUGUUACAUCAAGAAAUAGCGCUGUUCGUCAGCAAAAUGAAAUGGAUGUUUAAGGAAGAUCACUCUCUGGAUCACCGAUGUGUGGAGUCGGCUAAAAUCCGCAGCAAGUACCCUGACCGGGUGCCCGUGAUUGUUGAAAAGGUGUCCGGCUCCCAAAUCGUGGACAUCGACAAGCGGAAGUACCUGGUUCCAUCUGACAUCACUGUGGCCCAGUUCAUGUGGAUCAUCAGGAAACGCAUUCAGCUGCCUUCAGAAAAGGCCAUCUUUCUGUUUGUCGAUAAGACCGUCCCACAGUCCAGCCUGACGAUGGGGCAGCUGUACGAGAAAGAGAAGGAUGAGGAUGGAUUUCUCUACGUGGCGUACAGCGGCGAGAACACCUUCGGGUAGAGAGGCAGGGGUCGGGGGGCACCCCCAGAAGACAAGGGAGUGAAAUGUAAAAGGCAGUGUGUGGAAGGGGGUGUCAGACACAGCCCUGGCGGCGCCCCCACCGGCCUGCCUGCAGUAGCCUCAGUGGCCACUUUACUUCGCCUGCACACUUUCCUCUAGUACCUGGAGCGCGUGACAAUUUCAUUUUAUCACGUUAUUGAUACUCUUUGCUUUGUUUGAAAUUUUAUUUCUUGUGAGAUUAUAUUUAAAAUAAUUUAAAUAAAAGGGAGGUAUCUGGGUAACCUAACAAAUAAAAAAGAAACUAUUAAAUACCA